AUGCAAGCUCAACAAUCAUCCUCAUCAUAAAUCAUCCAAUACACAAUGUCUAAAAUUGAAAAAAGCUUCUUGGAAAUAGGGUAUCAAAUAGAAGUAAUUUUCAUUUUCUAUUAUUUUCUAGUCUUCUUUCGCUGAGAUUGAUAAAUUUAUUGACUCUAUUUUUCUUAUUCCCUUUAAAUACGUGACUCAUAAAAUUGAAUCUAAACUUGAAUUACCUAAAUUUCCUGAAUUUUCAAUCUCAGAAUUUGAUUCCGCAUAACAAAUUCUUGAGAGUUUGAAACCUUUGGUUAAUAAGAUAAUCAAAAAUAGAAUCGAAAUUAAAGAGUAAAAUAAUAUUUAGUAUUUUGGGAUAAUAAAUUCGAAAAAUACUCAUCAUAUGAGAUAUUAUAUAAAUGAAAUAUAAAAGAAACUAUAUUUUAUAGUAAAAAAUUAAAUAAGUUAUCUUCUAAAUUAAAGGAAACUUGUAUUUUUCUAAUUUCUGCCUCGUUAUCUAAUCAUUUUGUAAUAUUAGGCUAAAGAAAUCUAUGAUUUAUAAUAAAACUCAUUUAUUAAAUUGCUAAAUGAGUUUACUAGAUGA